CUCCCGUCACGUGGCACUGAACGCUACGCGGCGAGGUUUCAGACUUGGAGCCAGAAAUAUGUCGCAGGACGCAUCUGCAGCAGCAUGUUGCAUUCAACCAGACCACUUUUAUCCGAAUGGGUACACUAUGGGGAAACGGCAUGAACCCGGGGCGUUGCUCGACCCAUCGCAGGACCCAUUUGCCACACGCGGUAUACCUGUAUUUCGACCAUCCAUGGAGGAGUUCCAGGAUUUCGAGGCUUACAUGGAGAUGGUGCAAGUUUGGGGAGCUAGGAGCGGAAUCGUUAAAAUCAUCCCUCCUCGCGAGUGGGCGCAGUCUUUACCGUCAACGGUUCCUUUGUUGCCUUCUAUUAAAGUGAAGAAUCCCAUUGAGCAACGCAUGGAGGGUGGGGGUGGGCUCUUCAGGCAAUGCAACGUGGAAAAGCGCAAGACAUUUACGAUCAUGGAAUUCGCUCAGAUGUGUUGGAGGGAGGAUCUCAGGUCGCCGAGCCCUUCUCAAACUGCACGUAGUGCACGUUCCAGCUACCGUUGCAACGGGACGUCCGGGGAGAGUGACUCUGAGCACAACGCGUCCAGUGUCAUCCCAUUCGACUGGGCUACCGUGGCGAACAGUCACAACUUGAGUUCAGAGGAACUAAAUUUCUAUUCUACAUUCGAUCCUCAUUCAGCCUGGCUUCCUCCUGAUACUCAGACAUCGGACUAUACUCCUGAGGCUUGCCGAAAUCUUGAGCGUAUUUAUUGGCGAACGUGUGGAAUAUCUGCCCCGGCGUGGUAUGGUGCAGAUAUGCAAGGAUCACUGUUUACGGAUGCUACCACAACGUUCAAUGUUGCCCGUCUGCCGUCACUUCUUAGCCGUCUCAGCAUGAGACGAGCCUUGCCAGGAGUGAAUACUCCCUACUUGUAUUUUGGCAUGUGGCGUGCCACAUUCGCCUGGCACGUAGAAGACAUGGAUCUUUACUCGAUCAAUUACAUCCACUGGGGGGCACCAAAACAGUGGUACGCUGUCCCGAACGAACGGAGCAAAAUGUUCGAGGCCAUCAUGCGAGGGUACUUCCCAUCUGACACUUCGGCAUGUCCAGAGUUUCUGCGACACAAAUCGUACCUUGCAUCGCCGACAUUAUUAGCGCAAGCGUCAUGCCGACCAAAUCCACUGGUUCAACAUCAGGGUGAAUUUGUGAUUACAUUUCCCAGGGGAUAUCAUGCUGGUUAUAAUAUGGGAUUUAACUGUGCCGAAUCAGUUAACUUCGCCCUGAAGAAUUGGGUCGAUAUUGGCAGAAAAGCCAAGUUUUGCACAUGUGUACCCGAUAGCGUUCGCAUAGAUGUGGAUGCACUGCUCGCGGAAUCCAGAGAAUCUCAGGAACAGGAGGAAAGGAAACGUCGGCAUUUGAAACGCAAAAUCCCUCCCGAUGAAGUCUUGGUCCCUUCGCACCUUGCUAAGCACUCUGCACGUCAUGAUUCUUCGCCAGCAACGCUUCCUGCCCAUUCGACGGACAAGUUGCUCGUGUGCUUACCGAAGAGGAUCUCGCAUCAACCACAAUCGUCUGGUUACUUUUGUUGUCUAUGUCCCUCAUCCACAACUCACAGCUCUGGCCCUCUUCUGCGUUGUGCGUCCGCGCCACCGACGCAUCUGCGAGGUCAGGCUUCGACGGCGACCAAAUCCCAAUCCCAACCGUUACCCCAAGGGCUGCUCCCAGUUGUCGGGCUAAGAGCUCAUGAAACAUGUGCGUUGGUGCUGCCAGAGACCUGGAUUGAUGUAGUGGACGGUGAGAACGUUGUGUGCGGCCUCGACUGCAUCGGGAAAGACCGUUGGAGUUUGAAAUGCUCGGUGUGCAUCUCUCCGGCUCAAAAACAACACGGGGCCAAGAUACAAUGCACCCGCGGGAAAUGCAUCAAGGCGUUUCAUGUCACUUGUGCAUUGCAGAAAAGUGAUAUAGCAUUCAAUACAGAGCUGACCCGAUCAGACGUGGUUCUGGUUGACCCGGCAUCAACACACUCCGAUCAAGAUCUCUCAUCCACUUCACCAAUACGAUCAGUGAAAAAACUUUCCUAUGAGCUUCUCUGCUCUCAGCAUAACCCGAUUGUUCAGCAGCGUCGGAGGACUCAACGGCUUGACAGGAUGCAGGCGGAUUUGCUUGCCUUGCCACCAGAUUCUCGGAUUAGAGUUCGAGUUUCUAGUGGAGUAUUUGAGGUGACUCUUGUUCAAGUGAAUGUGCCAGAGCACAGCAUUUUGGUUCAGUGGGGUGAUGGGAAACUACGUGAUCUUAAGUGGGGCUGCAUAGUAAAGGCAUCGCCAAAGAAUGUGCUUGGCACCUGUCUCCCUUCCUCGGGUGUAACAGGGCCUGACGACUUAGAACUGAAAUCCGUUGGACAGAAUCUCAGCUUCACCCCGGGGCAGUCAACAACUACAACUUUGCCUCCUAGCUUGUCCGACCCUGAUCAUAUUGGCGGGCUCUUGGGUACCGUCCAGAGUGCCACCAGUCCUCAGCUACUUAACAUCGCUCCGAAUGAAUCAUCAACAAUUGAACGCCAAUUGAAGUGCAUUUGCAUGACGCCACCUCUUUCAUCCGACAACGCAUAUGCUACACAAGGCCCGUUGCCGUACUCGACCCUAUCUACGACCUUUGACCCGGUAUAACUGACACACAGUGAUUUGGUUGUAUGCAUGCUGCCUCUGACUGCCGCAGCUCCUUUGUUAGAUACUCUCUGUAAAUAAUAUGGGAGUUUCUGUGGUUUCCACUGCAUCUGAAGCACCAGCGUUUCCAGCUUUCCACAUCUGUUCCCGCUAUUAUUGGUUCAACUAGUUGAACUGCCUUCGGCUGGUUGAGGACAUUUGUUGUAUUCCAAAUAUAGCAACACGGUUCAGUGGCCCCCAGAUGUAAUAUAGAAAUGAGAGAACUGUAACUAUAGAACAUAUGGUGCUAAAGCACC